AUGCGAGAGCCAAAUGCAUUAUUUAUCAACGUCGAAUAUGGAUAUCAAGUAAUUAACCAGCCAUUUCCGUAUAGAUAAAAUAUUAAACUCGGUGUAAAUUGCGGAACGAUUCGUUGAAUUUUAUGAAUUUCACAGUGAAUUUUGCGUUACAAUUCCGUUUAAAAUUACAAAUAACGUAGAAUUGUUCUCAAGAUAUAGCAUAUUGGGGACUGUUAUGCAUUGAAAAUGCGCCUUUAAGAUAUUUUUUUUCGGCCAUUUCCGGUCGUGCGUUUUAUGGACGCUUUGUGCCUGUCCGAGGAUUCUUCUGUUCUUCGUUCGAACAGUUCAAGUAUUCUAUUCAUGGAAAUUAAGUGAUUCCCAUUAAAAUAGAAUUCUCCUGGAUAAUUUCGCAUGAGCAUGACGUAAUGUGGAAUUGCUUGGAAUCGUACGAAAAGAAAUCCUGGCGGUUGUGUAAAUAGCGCGUAGUGGUGUCUGCGCGUAUGUGAUGCGCACUCGUAGACAGAUGAGCGCGGGAUUGUGUUGCCCAGACGCGAGGGGACUGUAGUAGAGGUUGCUCAAGUGUUGAGACAAAGACGUUUCGGUAGAGUAUUUUAUGAAGUGGCAAGUAACAGAAAAAUCAACAUUCUCGACAUAUCGGCUAUUGAAGCACGUAGGCUCGGCGUUCGGUCCCAAAGGGGCCUUACAAUGGACGGUGCUAAUGUGAAUGGCGGGAAUGCCGACGGGGCACGCGAAGAACCUAACCUAGAUGCUGCCAGUAUGCCGAAUGUACAAGCGUCGCAAAUUAAAGUGGAAUCGGUUACCCAAAUGGACGGGCAGGAUGUGAACGGCGAUAUUAAGAGCUCUCUGAAAAAGGGUAUGGAACUCAAUAUUAAAAAAAAGCAGUUCGACGCUGAUUCGAAUAGUAUCGUUGAAAGUGAUACAAUAUUAAAUACAAAAGGAUGCAAACGGAAGCUAUCGGAACUGGACGACCUUAACUCAGAGGAAUCUAUGGAGUUCAAUGGAUUCGAUACGCGCGACUACAAUGAAGUCGAGCAAGCGAGCCACAUCUUGAAAAAAUUAAUUGGUAUCGCUGAGGCCGAGCUAGCAGAGAUGCAGUUAACAAAACGAAGUAGAUAUAGUGUAAGGAAGAAUUUUGAUACAAGGAAAGAUGAUGAAGACUUGGAUGACAAUAGAAUGCGCGAUAGUGAACAUAUAUUAGAUUUUGAUAAAAUAAAGAAAGAAAAGGAGUCUGAUAAAUCAGAAACAGAUUCGAUUGAAAUGCCAAAUGAAUCUGAAACAGAAAUACAAAGAACAGAUGGAACUUCUCUCAGAUCAACAAACUCUUCAUCAGCAGCCAGUAGUCCAGCAACAUCGAUAAAGUCUCGUUUAUUACGUGGAACCAGUCCAUCAAGUAUUGGGAAACAAAAGAUAAUAGUUGAUAUGUCGAAUCCAGCAUUCAAAGAACCUUUUAAGUAUGGUUGGAAACGUGAAUUGGUAUAUAGAGCAAGUACUGAUUCUAGCCUCAAAAGAAUGGCUGAUAUUUAUUAUUAUACACCAAAGGGUAAAAAAGUAAGAAGUUUCAGAGAAGUUGCAGAAUUUCUUAAUACAAAAGAAUUAACUAUUGAUAAUUUUACAUUCUUCAAAGAACCAAUCGGACUUGAUGAUCCAGAAAAAGAGAUUAUUCGAGAUGCAAAAAAAAUGAGGGGGUCUGGAGUAUCUACUACUCCACCAAAGAGAGGUAUGGGAUAUAAAAAAGCUACAUCUAGUAGAAAAAUUGCAGAAGAAUCUGCAGCAGUUCCAACUCCAAUAUCUACAAAAACCACUAUUAAAUCAAAACCUACACCAACAGGAUUUAAAGUCAAAGUGCCUGCAAAGAAAACUCCUCAAAUAACAGAAAUGAAAUCAUCUUCUCAAGAAAGAGAAAUACUUCCACCUCAAAGGACAAGUACAAGAAGAAGUCAGCUACUUGUAGAAAAACCACCGCCGCCUAAACCAAAAAGACAAUUAACGCCCAAAGUUCAAGAACCAUGUAGCAUAAGAUGCUCAACGAGUACGGGAUUGAUACCAAGCUUACAAUGUCGUGUAUGUCUGUGUUUAUAUCAUCCUGAGUGUGUUGAUGGUAUGGAAUUUGCACGGAGUGACAAUUAUGUUUGCAAGAACUGUCAUCAGGAUACUAAAGAAUUUCAUCAAUCUCAAACGAAUCCAUCUUUGACACCUCCUCCACUGAUACCAAUUAGCAUGCUAGGUGCACAAAAUGCAAAAUCAAAACAUCAAGUAAAUUCAACUCCUCCAAAGCUUCAACGAAUACCCAAAUCUGAUAAUGCAGAUUUACAAUCGCGAAAUGUUACUAAGGUUUCAAAAGCAUCUUCUGCAACAUCACACUCUCCUUUAAAUUCAGAUAAUAAAGAAACCAGUUGGUUUGCUCAAACAGAACAUGAAUUUUUACAAAGCCACGAUGGAACUUUACCAAAACCAGCACAGAAUAUUGCUCUAAUGGGAGGCAAGAGAUAUAUUGUUGUACCAAAAAAUAAUGCUAUGGCUGUUCAGCCAGCUAUAACAGUGAAACCUGAUAAAAUAGGUGAUAAACCUCCUAUACUUCAAGAUAGUACACUUACAGAUAUAUCAAAUGCUGUUGAUAAUUCUAUGAAGUCUCGUAUUUCUUUAACGGCAAAGUAUCUGGGAAAAGAUAUUUUCGAUAAGUCAACUGAUAAAGAUACGUCAAAAGAUGCAUCUUAUAUAGAACUUCCGCUAUGUUCAGGAGAAAUUGAUGGAAGAACGUGUAACAGCAAUGACAGAACUGAUCUAUUGACUGUAACUAAAUCACAAAAUGACUUGUCUAAUACAACAGAUUUUGCAUUAGAAAGUAAGAAACCUGAGAAUUGUAAAAUAGUUGAAAAGAAGAAUAUAGUAAAUAAUUCAAAUAUAACUAACAAAAAUAAUGAUUUAUUUAAAAUAGAAACACAACAUUCUAUGAAAAGUAGUUUGGGUACUAUUAAAAUAAGUAGCAAAAGGAAACAAAAUCGACAGGACGCAGAACAACAGCAGCACUUUAUGGAUUCAGUUUGUGCUGGUUAUCAUGCAUUGCUGCGUAUUUUUCAAUAUCUUAAGGUACAAGAAUUACUUCGGGCUGCAAGAGUGUGUAAAAUGUGGCGAGAUUUAGCGGCACAUCCUUCUUUGUGGAAAACUGUACGAAUGAAAAAUAGUCAAGUAACAGACUGGGAUGGUUUAGCUGAUACAUUACAGAGGCGUGGCACUCAACAUUUAGAUCUUCGAAAAAUGCUUGUGGCAGGCGAAUCCGACAGCAUUUGGAAAAAGUUUUUAUUAGUAAUACCACGAGUAACUAGCCUUGUUAAACUAGAAUUGUGUAAAUGUCCUGUGAUAGUUGUUGAAGAAGUUAUCAGAAGUUGCCCUCAAUUAGAAGUAUUGAGCGCAAUGUCGAUAAAAUGUGAUUCUUUGAAUUUAGAAUCAGUUGGAAAUCUUAAACGUUGUCAAGAAUUAAGGCUUAAAGCAAUCAGUGGAAUGUCAUUACAAGAAGAUCUCACACGUUUACAAGAAUUAACGCAAUUAACACAGUUGAGUUUAACAUCGGUUAAGGAACUUGGGAAGAAAGGAAUUGAUAUAAUACAAACUUUAGUGUAUUUAGAAACACUAGAAUUGGGUGAAUGUUCGGACUUCCCAGAUAAAUUUGGUACCACAGUUUUAAUAAAGUUGCAGAAAUUAGAACGUCUUAGGCUGGAGAAAGGACAAGGUUCAUGUUGUACAUUUGACAUUUUGGAAGGCGUGUCUAAAUUGCAAAAUUUGAUUCAAAUGGAACUGGUUAAUUUUGACGUCAAGAAUGGUUUUGAUAAAUAUCUUGCGAAUUGCAAAAACAUUAAAAGAUUAUUGAUCAUACCAACGUACAUAUCUCAGUCGGCAACAUCCAACAAUAUGGUGCUUGGAGGUGUUACUGAAUUAUCAAAUAAUUUGACGCAUUUUGUAUGGGGCGUUACACUUGAGUUACUCAGGGUUACAGAAUUAUUUGUUGAUCAAUGUAAUCUAAUGAGUAAACAGGUAACUGGAGAUUCGAUACCAGUUUUAAAACCAGUACCUUGCUUAAAAUUAAUCGAGGAUGUUGAGGAUGAAAAUGACAAUCAAAAA